AUGAUUGGUAAAGACACUAUAGAGGUUUAUUCUGAAAUUGUAACAGAUUGUGUAAGACGAUGCGCCUCAUUAGAUCAGUGUUGUGUAGCAAGUUAUUCCGAUGACACCUCAACAUGUGUUCUUGAUCAGUCUGGAUCUUGUUGCAUUGAUACACUUAUCGAAAUUGGGUGGAGAACAAUCAAGAAACAAACGGCAAAUGCAUCAUCAACAUGCACAAACUGUUUAGUUUUCGACAGAUCUCUAUAUAAAAUAAUUGAUAACGAGAAAAAUUGGCAAGAAGCUGUGGACGAAUGUAAAUGUCAAGGUGGUAAAUUGAUUGAAAUAGAAACUAAGAAAGAGAAUGACUUUAUCCUUGCUGAAUUAAAGACCAGAAACACAGGAGCAUUAGGGUACUGGCUUGGUGGUUACAACUUUAACAAUGAUUUCGACCUUGAGUGGAUCAGUAAUCCAGGUCAAGAUAUGCUAUUUGAUGGUACUGGUGUUGGUGAACCUAACAAUCCGUUUACAGAAUUGUGUUUAGCUGCAUGGGAGGAUAUCAAUUUUAAUUGGGCAGAUCUUCAUUGUGGAGCCAUGUGUCCAUAUAUAUGUGAAUUUUCGGCCGACUAAUCAAGUAUUAUGUACAAUAAUAUUUUGAUUGUAAUGUCUUAUAUCAAAAGAAUUUUCUUAUCAAGAAAUUGUUUUAAGAAAUAAAUGCUGUUUUUAUUUUGUUACUGGUAUAGACAAAAACUAACACUGAAAAAAAACAUCAUUAAAAACAUAUUUGAUUUAGAAUAAACAAUUAAUUUUCUUAA